CAAUUGCAGUGACGAGAAAUUGCGCAGUCACUGGAGAGGUCUAACAGUCCCAGUGGGGCAAAUUUAGGGGGACAAGAAAUUAGAUUAUGAUCAUCUGAGGUUUAAUCAAAACAGUGUAAACUUCUGCCCAAGGCCUCUUAACAUUUGCCACAGUAAGCCCAUGGUGUGUUGGAAAUUCAAACUAAUUUAGUCACUCUGAAAUAGUGUCCGGAAAGAUGGGGACAGGUGCUAGCAUCGUCGCUGGAGAGGUCCUUAAAGAAACAGUACGUAUCCUUGCGGUGCCAGACAAAUCGCCGAGGCAGUCACAAAAAGACCAAAGACAGAAAGCAAUCCGCCAGAGAGAGCUAGACAUGUUUCGCGAUAGAUGCCUGCAGUUCGCCGAGUUUUUGAAACGUGUGCGUGCCACAAACUACGAACAGAGGAGGAAGGAAAUACAUGAUGGGAUUUUGUACCACCUUCGGAAGCCUUAUGGUUGUUUUAGAAACCGAGAGCAGAGACUUAUUUUAGGAGAUGAUGUAACUGAGCUCGGGCUGGUCUCCUUGUUGGUGGACUAUUACAAGGCUUCAUUGGACUUUUUUGAUAUUAAGGCAGUGACAUACUAUGAAGAUGGCACAGAGUGGACCACCGAACUGAGCAAUUUGCGGUCUUUCUUCUGGGACUACAGUGAUGCCAGUCCACAAUUUGCUGAGCAACUCGCGCGCUCUGGUUACUUGGAGCUUAUGAUGAAGGACCUAGACGCCGUACAGCUUGGGAUACAAAACAACACAUUGCAAGAAAAUGUACGUUACUGUGUUCAAAACGCCAUUCUUUUGAAUGUUUCGUGGUUUUUAAGACUUGAUAAACUAUUCUUUGUUUCAUGA